AUGCGGGAUGGAUACAUUCGCAUGUUUAUCUCCUGGUUGAGGCUCAUUAUCAAGAGAACUGCAUUUCGAUCAUAUAGGCGACUUCUCUCUAUUCUCCUGCGAGUGAUCCGACACUGUCAAUCUGUCGUGAAUGGAAAGGAGGGGAAUUUUCGAGAGCGGCCUAGUUUAGCAUUGAGCUCUCAGCCAGUGGCCAACCAACCCGAGCCGACGCCUUCUGUGAGCCUUGCAGUGCCAUUACGAGUGUCGCAACCUGGAACGAACGUUCAAAUGUCAAUUUCCGAGCCUUAUGAGGGGACGAAUAUCAAUGUCUCAGCUUAUGAUACGCAAUCUCCCCGGAACCCCACUGCGCCGUCCACACCAAUCUCUAUGCCCGAGCCCAGCAUCCCUGUGGUUGUCGCUAUGCCACCGUCUCCUACGGCGCCAGGACAGACCUUGAAUAUCUUUCUAACUCCCAUUGUACCCGAACCACAGGUCAGACGAUACGAAAGGCGUGUUCCAGUUAACAGUGAGUACAAGCCAUUUGAGGUUAAGAAAGGUCCUCUGGACUGUUUAGAGGAGCUCGCUCCGGUAGCGGGAUGGGAGCCAUUCACGCACCCAGAAGGGGCUUUGUUCUUUUAUCACCCACAUAAAAGAGCUUUCACCGAUGCCAAUGUUCGAGACUCUGAAACUACAGUCAAAAUAGACAAAGCUGUUGAGAAGGCGUACGAGGAAGCGCGCAAUGCAAACAUCCUCUUGGAUCCAUUCGUCGAGCUAGGAUUAGAGCUCAUGGUGGAGGAUGGCGAAGAAAUGUGGGGCUACUACUUCGUUGACCACAAAAGACGUGUCAUUUUCUGGUUCGAAGACUACAAAUUCUUUGAACUUAUGAAUAACGUUCGAGGUGUAAAGCGCAAAAGCCACGUCAAGUAUGCAUUAGAUUCACAGUAUUGGAGACACAUCGAGCUAUUUCCAAACAAGCGCGUCCUUCCGGAAGACAUCGUCGUGACACUCAAAGAAAUUGUGAUGCAUGCUCAUGCAGAAAACAUCACUUCCGAAACGUGUCUGGCACCUUUUGCUCCAAAUGAGGUUGCAAGUAUGCUUGAACUUGUGAAUCAUCUUAAGGACAGUACUAACAAGGAGCGUGAGCACUCCGUGUGGAUCGCUGCUCGAUUUAUGAGGCUUUUUUGCAACGCAAAAUUUGUGAAUUUCUGUGGACAACCAGGUGCCCGACUUGACGUAGAUCAAUCGUUGUAUGGAGAACAUGAUACUCGCUCCAAAAAGAUCAUUCUUCGUAUCAUGAAUGUCAUUCUAUUUGGAUCCCCAGAUGCUCAAGGCAAGAAAAUUCACAGGAUAUGGGUCGAUGAAACCAUCGUUCAACCGCGAUGGAAGGAUUUUAUCAAUAGGCUUACCACCGAAUGGAAUGGAUAUACAAUAUUUUCUACUGUAAUGCUCGCUGUUGAUAUUAGUUUUCUCGCGGUCCCAGCUGUCGCGACUCAAACGCCCGCGAUCGUCCUAGCAUAUCUGUCUUCCCUCUGCGCUUUGGGCUCUUUAAUGGUCUCACUGAUCUUGGCUGGACAAGUUAAUGACAACCGGCGAGGCUCUGCUGCAGACGUGGCCUCUUUCAUGGUAGGGAUGUCGGAGUCCAUUCUUGGCCUCGAAAGCCUUGCCCUGAUGCUCAGCCUGCCGUUUGCACUUCUGAUUUGGGGAAUGGCGUUCUUUGCUGGAGCAUUGUCCACCCUGGUUUUCCGCACUUCUGGCGUUGUCGUCCUCUCGAUUACAUCUCCAAUCUGGUUUGCCGUAUUCGUCCUAGCGACGUGGCCCAUACUUGCCGCCAAUGAUAUUCACAUUUCUCACCUGAGGAUCUGGAUCAUAAAACAAGUUUUACCUCAGGCUACGGGUCCCAUCAUCUCUCAUGUCUAA